AUGCCUGAUACUGUUAAGCAGCUGCCUGCUAAUGUUUCAUGGCCGCAGAAUCCCGUCUUUGAGCAGCUGCAUCUUGCUGCAGCCCAACGGCAGCAGAUCCUCGACAUCCUGCAGCUCUUCCAGCCGGUAGCUUUCGAAAGGGACUCGGUUUUAUGGACAGCGACACCGGAAGAUAUCUUCUCGUUUAGUAGCUUCUUUAAUAUGUUGACUCAGUCUCGCGUUCCUUUUGGCCCGAUUCACUUUUCAAAUUCUGUUUUCAAGCUAAUUUGGAAGGGAGACAUCCCGAAUAAGGUGAAAGUUUUCGUGUGGCGUUGUUAUAUCAAUAGGGUUCCUACUAUUGAUCUUCUUAUUUCUAGGGAAGUUUCUAUUCCUAUUGGCGAACGCAAGUGUGUUUUCUGUACGGUUUGUGUCGAGUCUCUGAAUCAUACUUUGUUGGAGUGUAGUGUAGCUAGCCUCAUUUGGAGGGAGAUAGGUGAAUGGAUAAGCUAUAAGAUGUUAGAACAAGAUUUGUUCUGA